AUGAAUUCGUUGUUCAGUAUCUUCGACACCUUCUGCGCACAGAUGAUUAUGACGACCAAAGUUGCUCCUGUUUCAUCCUCUAAUGGACCCUCCGCUUCUUCCUCCUCAUCUAGUGGUCAAGCCGUGUUGAUGGAGAAGGCAACAAAGAAGGGUUUGAUGGAGAAGGCAUUGAGCACCAAGUUCGCCGGUUUUCCGCCGCAACCAACUUCCUUAUCGACGGCGCAGAAACUAAUCGGCCACCUUGUAAUCGCCGGCAAUCUCAGUCUAGUUGCCGAUCAUUCAUAUUCCUCAUACAUUUCAAUAUUUAUAGGCUUUCUGAUUGUAGCUUCGAUAUUCGCCACGAAAGUUGAUAGAUUUUACUACAUUAUGUGGGAAACCUUGGAGAGCAUUUUCGUGGCACGAGCCGGUGAUGUAAGCAAGGUUCAUAUAGUGUAUUUGGGAGAGAAGCAGCAUGAUGAUCCUAAGUUUGUCUCGGAAUCUCAUCAUCAGAUGUUGUGGUCACUUCUUGGAAGUAAAGAGGAUGCUCAUGAUUCAAUGGUGUACAGUUACCGACAUGGCUUCUCAGGUUUCGCCGCCAAGCUCACCAAGUCCCAAGCCAAGAAGUUGGCAGAUUUACCUGAAGUUGUUCAUGUCGUACCGGAUAGUUUCUACAAGCUGAAAACAACUAGGACUUGGGACUACUUAGGCCUUUCUGCAACUAAUCCAAACAAUCUUCUCAAUGAAGCAAAUAUGGGCGAACAAAUGAUCAUCGGCAUCAUUGACACAGGAGUAUGGCCUGAAUCUGAAGUAUUCAAUGACAAUGGGCUUAGUCCUGUGCCAAACCACUGGAAAGGAGGCUGUGAAUCAGGAGAGGAUUUCAAUUCCUCUCACUGCAACAAAAAGCUCAUAGGAGCAAAGUACUUCAUUAGUGGUUUUUUAGCAGAGAACGAAAGCUUCAACUCCAAAGAGACACUUGAUUUCAUUUCCCCUAGAGAUCUUAAUGGUCAUGGGACGCAUGUUGCCUCCAUCGCCGGUGGUUCCUACGUGCCCGAUACAAGCUACAAGGGCCUAGCUGGAGGGACUGUGAGUGGUGGUGCACCACGUGCUCGUAUCGCAAUGUACAAGGGUUGUUGGUAUCUGGAUGAUUUAGAAAUGACGACUUGUUCAUCUGCUGACAUUUUGAAAGCUAUGGACGAGGCUAUACAUGAUGGUGUUGAUGUUCUGUCUCUCUCCCUAGGCUCUGAGGUUCCUCUUUAUGGUGAAACUGAUAGUCGAGACGGGAUUAGUACUGGAGCGUUCCAUGCAGUGUUAAAGGGUAUCACAGUUGUUUGUGCUGGUGGUAACUCUGGCCCUGAGGCUCACACCGUGACAAACACGGCUCCUUGGAUUGUUACUGUGGCUGCAACUACUCUGGACCGGUCAUUUGCCACUCCUUUGACACUUGGGAACAAUAAAGUGAUAUUGGGUCAAGCAAUGUACACAGGUCCAGAACUUGGCUUCACUAGCUUGUUUUACCCAGAGAAACCAGCGAAUAGCGAUGGAACCUUUUCCGGUACUUGUGAGGAGCUUUCCUCGAAUUAUAACCUUACAAUGGCGGGGAAAGUCGUGUUGUGUUUCACAUCAUCACCUUUCAGUGCUUCUGUAUCAAAGGCAGCAAGUUCAGUGAAGGAAGCUGGUGGUCUCGGCGUAAUCAUAGCAAGACAUCCAGGCCACACUCUCCGACCAUGUCUAGAUGAUUUCCCCUGUGUUGCUGUUGAUUACGAGCUCGGGACCAAGAUACUACUCUACAUACGGUCCAGUGGAUCACCGGUUGUGAAGAUUCAACCUUCUAGAACAAUUGUAGGACAACCAGUUGGUACAAAGGUUGCAACUUUCUCAUCAAGAGGACCAAAUUCGAUUGAAGCUGCGAUCCUAAAACCUGAUAUAGCAGCACCAGGAGUGAGUAUAUUGGCAGCUACCACCACCAAUUCCACUUCCAAUGAUCGAGGAUUCGUUAUGCUGUCAGGAACAUCAAUGGCAGCUCCUGUUAUUUCAGGAGUUGUUGCACUUCUCAAAGCUCUACACCGUGAUUGGUCUCCUGCUGCCAUUAGAUCAGCCAUUGUCACUACAGCUUGGAGAACAGAUCCAUUUGGAGAGCAGAUUUUUGCAGAAGGAUCACCUCGGAAGCUAGCUGAUCCGUUUGACUAUGGUGGAGGCCUUGUGAAUCCAGAGAAAGCAGCAAAUCCGGGUCUUGUCUAUGACUUGGGCCUUGAAGACUAUGUUCUCUACAUGUGCUCUGUUGGUUACAACGAGUCAUCAAUCUCUCGGCUUGUUGGAAAAACAACACUCUGCUCGAAUCUUAGACCAUCUGUUCUUGAUUUUAACUUGCCUUCUAUUACAAUCCCAAACCUCAACGAAGAAGUCACUCUCACAAGAACCCUCACUAAUGUCGGACCACUCAACUCGGUCUAUAGAGUAGCGGUCGAGCCACCAUUGGGUGUUCAAGUGACCGUGACGCCAAAGAAGUUAGUAUUCAACUCUAAGAACAAAAGAGUCUCUUUUAAAGUGAGAGUCUCGACCACACACAAAAUCAACACUGGUUUUAACUUUGGAAGCUUGACUUGGAGUGACUCUGUGCAUCAUGUAACCAUUCCUUUGUCUGUGAGAUCGCAAAUUCUGCAGAAUUACUACGAUGAGAAUUGA